AUGAACGUCUUUCAAAAUAAUGGUCAAAUCUCUUCAAAUCCUAACAUUUCUGUGAUUUUCAACCAUGUUUAAGAGCAAAUUCAAUAAUAGCAUUUCGAAAUUCAACAGAUGUAAAUUGAGAGAUAAAAGACUUACGAAAAGUUGAAAAAACACCUAGAUAAGCUUAAUCUAUUAGUUUAUCGAAUGACCAACCAAUAGAUUGUUUAAUAAGUAGACUCUAAAUCCAACAUUUGUAAUCAGUAAUACAAAUAUGAAAUUUAAAUGGAUCAAGAUCUAGAGCUUCCAUGCUAUAGGAAUAGAAUUUUUUAAAUAAGACUUCGACUUGUUGAAAAUUAAAAGGUCAUUUGUAAUGCCAAUAAUAUCCUUGUGGAGUUACAAGUUUGGACCUACGAUAAUCAACCAAAAAAGCUGAGUCAUAACAACAAAAACUAAUCUAUAUACAAGGGAUGCUAAUAAACCAUUAUUAAGAAAGGCUAUGGAUGUUUGAAUAGAAUACAGAUUAAGGAAGUUUCUUCUCAUUUUCCAAGAGGAGUAUUUCAACUCAUAGUACUUCCUAUAGAAGAUGGUGCCGUGGUAGGAAAUGAAAGUAAAUUACAUAUAAAAAAAGAAUUGGUCAAACCUCUAGUUAUCAAUGAUGUUUCAAUUAAGGCAAAAAAGUUUUCAGAUAGACACUGUCCAUAUUUUGCCAAAUCUGAUGGAACAAUUAAUUUAAUUGAAUAAAACUGAUUGAUUUUUUUGCUAUAAUAAUAAAAAAACAUUACAUCAAA